AUGGCAGCUAAAUUGUUCGUAGUUCUCUCUCUAGCCGUGGCGGCUUCCGCUAUUCCUCUGGUUCCAGUGGCUAAAGUAGCCUACGAAGAAGUAGACGCACCUGCCCACUACGAGUUCCAGUACUCAGUACACGAUGGACACAGCGGUGACAUCAAGGAACAGAAGGAGACUCGUGAUGGAUAUGCCGUCCAGGGAUCCUACUCUCUAGUCCAACCCGACGGUGUGCACCGUAUUGUCGACUACACCGCCGACAAAGAGCACGGAUUCAACGCUGUCGUGCGUUAUGAGGGACAUCCUACUGCCGCUCCCGCCAAACUCGCCUACGCCGCUCCUGUGGCAUAUGCCGCCCCAGUAGCCAAAGUGGCCUAUGCUGCCCCCGUAGCCAAAGUGGCCUACGCUGCACCAGUAGCUAAAGUGGCCUACGCUGCACCAGUAGCUAAGGUGGCCUACGCUGCACCAGUAGCUUAUACCGCCCCCGUCGCCAAGGUUGCCUAUGCCGCCCCCGUCGCUAAGGUCGCCUACAGCGCACCCCUCGCACACGUCAGCUACGCCUCUCCAGCGGUCUCCUACCACCAUUAA